CCCCGCGCGAACGCUAUAUAACUCCACGGCGAUUAUGAAAUUUGCGCGCCAAACUCCCCACUCCCUUCCCCCUCCCGCCAAAUGCGGCGGCCUCCUCUCCCACCUAUUAUCCGCUUCUCCUCGUCCUCCACCUCGUCCUCGUCCUCGUCCUCGUCCUCCUUUAGCACGAAGCCCAAAUGGAACUCCAACCCCAAUCUCCGCAUCACCCACCCCGUCCUCUCCCUCGUGGAGUCCUGCGCCUCCAUGGCUCAGCUCCGCCAGAUCCAGGCCCACAUGACCCGCACAGGCCUCAUCGCCCACCGCUUCCCCGUGAGCCGCGUCCUCGCCUUCUGCGCCCUCGCCGACCCCGGCGACAUUCGCCACGCCGAGCUCCUCUUCGCUAAAAUCCCUGAUCCCAACGCCUACAUCCACAACGCCAUGAUCCGAGGGUACACAAGAUCGAACCUUCCCUCCGCGGCCCUCUCCGUCCUCCGUUGCGUGAUCCGUAAGCGCGCCGAGAUGGAUGGCCGGACCUUCGUGUUCGGACUCAAGGCCUGUGAGCGGAUCUCGGGGAUUUCCGCGGGGGAGAAGGUGCAUUGCGUGAUUAGAAAAUUGGGUUUUGAUGCGGAAUUGCUCGUGGGCAAUGGGUUGGCGCACUUCUAUGCCAAAAAUGGGAUCUUGGCUGAUGCGGAGAAGGUGUUUGAUGAAAUGCGCGAGCGAGAUGUGGUCUCUUGGACUACGAUGAUUGAUGCGUACACGCAGAAUGGCCACCCGGAUGAAGCGUUGAGGCUCUUCUACCGGAUGUUAUUGGCAAAUAUUGAGCCUAACGAAGUUACGCUAAUUACUGUUCUUUCGGCUAUCUCGCAAUUGGGUAUCUUAACAUUGGCUAAGUUGGUGCACAGCUAUAUAGAAACAUGCGAUAUAGAUGCUAGCAUUAAUCUGAUGAAUGCUUUGGUGGAUGCAUAUGGCAAGUUUGGAUGCAUACACUAUGCUAGGGAGGUGUUCGACGCCAUGGCAAUCAAGGACGUGUUUUCUUGGACAAGUAUGCUAAAUGCCUAUGGGAAAUGCGGCAACUUGAAGCUUGCAAUGCAGAUGUUCGAGAGUAUGCCCGAGAGGAAUGCGGUAUCUUGGAGCAGUAUGAUUGCAGCUUAUUCACAGGCAAACCAACCUAAAGAAGCAUUGGACUUGUUCAAUGAGAUGAUUGCAAAAAGCGUGGAACCUCUAGAUGCUACUUUGGUGAGUGUUCUCUCUGCGUGUUCUCAGCUGGGUCGAUUAGGUCUUGGUAGGUGGAUCUAUGAGUAUUACAUAAAUGGAGAAAAGAUUAAACUUAGUACUAAACUAGCGAAUGCCUUUAUAGACAUGUAUGCUAAGUGCGGAGAUGUUGAGGCAGCAGCUAGGUUAUUCGGGGAGAUGCUUGAAAGAGAUAUAGUGACUUGGAACUCAAUGAUUAUGGCAUAUGCAACCCAUGAUUAUUUCAAAGAAUCUCUCGUACUUUUUGAGAAGAUGACAGGAAGUGGAAUCAUCCCAGAUGAUAUCACUUUUGUUGGAGUCCUAUCUGCCUGUAGUCAUGGUGGGUUAGUUUCGGAAGGCCAAAAGCAUUUCAACGACAUGAAGUUGGUCUACAAUUUAGCACCAAAAGCAGAGCACUGUGCAUGUAUGAUAGAUCUGCUUGGCAAAGUUGGGCUUUUGCAAGAAGCUUUCGAGAUGAUAAAAAGCAUGCUGAGGGAGCCAGAUGAGGCAGGUUGGGGUGCUUUUCUAAAUGCUUGUAGAAUGCAUGGAAACAUAGAGUUGGGCAAGUGGGCUGGAAAUAAGCUUUUAGAGUUGGACCCUGGGGACAGCGGAAUAUAUGUGCUUCUGUCGCAACUCUAUGCUACUAAAAAUAGAUGGGAUGAUGUGAAGAAGGUUAGGAUGAUGAUGAGAGAGAAAGGUGUGAAGAAGACUCCCGGUUGUAGCUCGAUGGAGGUAAAUGGGAAGUUUCAUGAAUUCUUUGUUGCGGAUACUUCACAUGUUCGAUCAGAAGAAAUAUAUACGACUUUAAGGAAUAUUUACUUGCACUUAAGGUGGGAGGGUUAUGUUCCCAUCACUUGAUCGGUAUAUGUCAGAUACUGAGGAUUCAGUUGCGAACUUCAAGACUAGCAUUUCGCGAAGGCUAAUUAUAGUCCUGCAUACGUGAACUUGCAAGCAAGUCGAUAAAAAAACUUGCUUUGGAUACAAUAUUUGGAAUUGGAUGAGAUCGGCAAUUGUCUUCUAGGACUAGGUCGAUGAUUUUAUUCUAAAAAUGUAUGUGAGAUGAAUUAUGUGCUCUACAUGACUUAGACUGUCCUCAAGAUGAAUCAUGGGAAGCUCUUCUCUUACAUGGAACAGCGCAGAGUUAUCUAAUCAGAGAAAAUCAUGCAUAGUCUUCCUCUCCUGGUCAUAUCUCCAAAAGAGGACCUUCUAGUUGUGAUCAGUCUCUUUGCAGCUAUAUGUAAAUGUUUCAGAUGCAUGUUGGCGAAAUGCACUUCUGUUGUGUACACAAUUGUUAGCAUCCACACACCAAAAUUUCCAAAUUGUUUGUUCUUCACAUGGGCUAAGGAGAAUGUCGAUGGUCUAAAUUCCUUCUGAUGAUUCAGCAAUACCAUACUCUUGUCUGUUGCUUCAUGGACCAUGUUUGAGAAUUUAAUCUUGCUCGAGUUACAAAGCGAGGCCUGGCUUUUCAAAGAUGCAGUUGCAAAACAGACAGGUACGUAGAAAUCCUAGAUCUCUUCAGGAAUCACAUGUUGUCAAAAUUUACUUGUUAGCUCAUAAUUUAUGGCUAGAUACAGGGAAAAAGGCUAUAUCUGAUUACUCGUACUCAUUUUUAUUUGAACCUUUACUUUAACACUUGUUUAUGAAUCACAUGCAUCAGCACUGUGGUGCUGGAGUUUAAGC